AUGGUGAGAGGAUGGAGUUGGAUUGUUUGGAAGUUUCCCAAGUUUGACUUGGCAGUGUUAGGCAGUGGCGUACGGUGCAUGAACACCAAAUUGGACUUUAGGGUUUGGUUAGUACCACCCAUACAACCCGACCCUCAGGUUUGGUCAAAUAUCACAAUUCCACUAUACCACCACCUGUCCCCUUCUCGUUCAAACUUUUUCACCGUCAAUCCACGCGCUCCCAUUCGCGUCGUUUCUCAUGCAAACUCACCACAACACUGCACAUGCUAUCCUAACGCUACGCUAUCUAGCUCACAGCUACAGCUUAUUUGGCGUGGAAAUGGGGCACAAUUAACGAAAAAUGGUAGGAGGAAGCAUUGUGCCCCUCCCCUACCAAAGCGUUAUUUUGAUUUGGAAAAAAGAGAAAAAAGAAAGAGGGAGAGUUGCAGUGGGAGUGGUGGAGUCGCCCAACAUAGGGAUGAUGUAAUGAAGGGGACCGAUGGAACCGUGGGUGGGGCCCAGGGCUGA